AUGCAGAUAGGGCACUACGUGGGCGCACUGUUGUAUUUCGGAUACAUGUUUGUUAUCUCUUAUACCUUUGCGCUCCUCACCGGUGCUAUUGGGUUCAGUGCAACCUUCUACUUUACUGACAAUGUUUGGAGAAGGUCGAGUCCCAUCGUGCAGGGAGUGAACGACUCGGUGCAGCAUUGCACUGAAGCAGGUGAUGAUGCUGCACUCUCCAGUUGA